GCCAGUCGGGCUCCUUGCACAGUGCCAGCACAGUUACUCGAGCUGUUGUGGGAUUGGGAGACAGCUUGGACAUCAGAGGACUGGAUGCAGAGGCUAGACACCUUUUUGUCGCGGGACUUUCAGGAAGAACAAAGAGCACCUAUGGCUCAGCAAAGAGGAGGUACGUGCAGUUCUGUGUCAGGGCCGGCAUCGACCCACUCCCAAUAACUGAGCAAACUGCGUGCUGUUUUGUGACCCACCUAUAUCAGGAAGGUCUUUGCCCCGGUUCAAUCUUGGUCUAUUUGUCAGCCCUUUGGCAUUUGAGUGUUGAGGCCAGGUUGGGGGUAGUCUCUCGUGAGUCAUGGCCACAAUUAUCCUACGUGGUUAAAGGGGUGAAGAGAGAAAACAGAGAUACUCCGCCCAGAUGGAGGCUCCUAAUCACGCUAGACAUCAUGGAAAAACUCAAAGUUGCAUGGGAGUCAGGGAUGGAGGACCAAUUUACCGCACGCCUGCUGUGGGCAGUAGCAUGUACUGCGUUUUUUGGCUGCUUCAGAUUAGGGGAACUCCUCCUGUCGAAAGGAACAGAAGUGCCGGCAGUGGGCGAUUCAGACAUUUUUUUCCAUAGGGUGGGCUCUCGAUCAUGGAUGGUAAUUGGUUUACGUUUUUCAAAAACUGACCAAAAGGGCAUGGGUACCAAGGUCCACGUCAGUGCUACAUCAACAGAUAUCUGUCCAGUGGUUGCCCUUCAGAACUACAUGGUGGUCCGCCCAGCUAGACAGGGGCCUGUGUUCGUGAGAGUAGACGGCUCCCCCUUACUUAAAUCAACCUUUGUUCAAUUGGUUAGGAAGGCUCUGCUCCAUAGUGGGGUGGGGCAAGCAUCAUACUCCAGCCACAGUUUUCAAAUAGGUGUGGCCACCGUGGCUGCAGAGGCAGGAGUUCCUGUCCAUCUACUAAAAGCAAUGGGGCAAUAG